GAGAGAACAAGCGAGCCUGCGCCUGCGAGUCAGUCUGUCCUGCAUGUUUGCUCAAUCUGGGGCGCUAGGCGCUAUUGGUCUUCUGUCGAAUAUAAACGGGCUGAGAACUUUUCUUUUUUUUUAAACUAUAGUAUAUAGAAGACUGAAGAAGCAAAUCCUAUUGGGAUUAUAUGAAUGUGGAAAAUUACUGCACUGUUUCAGACUGGGAAAUCUAACCAGAACUGCUGACCUACAGUACUAACACGAGCUUCAUUUAACUGUCACAACUAGUUACUGCAGGGCGGAGAUGUCCGAAAAGAAGGCCUGGAGUGCCGACGCACGGCCCAAGUGUAACCGCAGCAGGAGCGCGGACAGCUACGCCUGGAGCAGCAAGAAACGUUCGCGAGGAGCCCGCAACGAGCCCGCCCCGGGCGCCGCGGAGGGGGAGGAGCCGGGGCACGUGGGCCGCUCGGCUUCCUGCCCCCGCAGGCACAGGGAGACGAGGUGCAGCUGCUCCCCGGCCGGCGACGGCGACUGCGAGCGGCCCUCCUGUCGCAAAGCCCUGUCCAGGCGUUCCCUCAGGCAGAAGUUCCAGGAUGCGGUGGGCCAGUGUUUCCCCAUCCGCUCUCAUCACCACCACCACCACCACCACCCGGCUGGCACCUCCCGGGUGCUCUCCGUGCAGCUCUGGUCCAAGCGCAAGAUCCACGUGUCGGAGCUCAUGCAGGACAAGUGCCCCUUUUCCCCCAAGUCGGAGCUGGCCCACUGCUGGCACCUGAUCAAGAAGCAAGGCAGCCUGAAGGGUGUGGAGGCUGAGCAGAAAGACGGGCUGGGCUCGGCGUCCCCUCCGGCUCUCAUUUCCUGGGAGGAGAUCCGUCUGCCGAGGUCGCAGGGAGGAGGGGAGGGAAGCCUUGAAGAAUGGGAUCUGAGCCUGAGGCCUGAGGCAGGCCCGGACUCCCCCCCGCCGGGCUCCAUGCACUGCCUGGUGCCCGACCUCCUCCAGAUUAACAACAGCCCGUGCUACUGGGGAGUUCUGGACCGCUACGAGGCGGAGGAGCUCCUGGAGGGGCAGCCGGAGGGGACCUUCCUGCUGAGGGACUCGGCCCAGGAGGAGUUCCUCUUCUCCGUCAGCUUCCGCCGCUACAGCCGCUCCCUCCACGCCCGCAUCGAGCAGAGCGGCAAGCGCUUCAGCUUCGACGGCCGGGACCCCUGCGUGUACCGGGACCCCAGCGUCACGGGGCUGCUCCGGCACUACAGCGACCCGGCCACCUGCCUCUUCUUUGAGCCCCUGCUCUCCCGGCCCCUGCCCCGCAACUUCCCCUUCCCUCUGCAGCACCUGUGCAGGGCCGUCAUCUGCAGCUGCACCACCUACCAGGGCAUCGACGGCCUGCCCUUGCCCACCUCCCUGCAGGACUACCUGCGACAGUACCACUAUAAAUGCAGCGGGGCCUCUGCAGUAUGACAGACCCAGAGCCGCUGGCGUUAUCCCAGCAGUUCGCGUGUCAACGCUGGCCGUUUUCACUGGACAGGGACCCUUUGACGAGAAACGGCAUCGGCAGAGAUGGGAUUGGAGACAGUAGCAGAAAGCAGACCCUUACACUACAGCUCAGGGUGCCAGUUACAGGGGUACAUGUCAAGCCACUCUGUUGGACAUUUUUGUUUUUGGACGCAUGGUAGCAGUUAUUUCCUGCUCUGAUAGGAAGAUUACAGCUCGACACGGGAUUUUGCUUUUCCUGGACAGUUUUACACUCACCCACUGGUUACUGGCUGCUCUGGGAACCUGGCCCAUCUGCCCAAAUUGGAAAUUGGACAACUGCACUAUCCUCAAGAUUCCUCCUACAGGUAUAGACUGACGGCAGGACAGACUCCGAACUGAAUUGACUGACACGAUAAACUGUGAACAUGAAUUGCUCAUUCACAAGUUUAUGUUAGGUUGGCUGUUAUGUUGCCUUUCAAGGUGUUAUUGCGAUUAGAGCCAGCAGAUGUCACUUUAUCGAAUUGAAAUGUUAAAAAAAGACUUGUACAGUGUUGAUGGGUUGGAUAAAAGCCAUAAUAUAUUAAUUGUUCUUUUUAUUUAACUUAUUUAUUACAUUAUUUUAUUUUUGUCAGUUUCAGUCUUGGUCACACAAGCCCUGGCUUGAUUAAAUAUCUAUAAAAAUAUCUGUUCCUCUUUUUUAACAGAUAUUAAAACCUCUGAUAACACAUUUGUUCCGAACCGUCUGUUAGCUCUGCGGCAUUAUUGAUUCAAUGCAUAAAAACACUAAAAUACUUUUAAUAAAAAUGCAUAUUUACAUCAUAACAUUGUUCAGGUACUUCAGGUUUUAGACACUUGAUUACUGCUGCAGUGCAAAUUCAGAAUUCCCAGAUAAUACUAAUUAAAAAUGAAAAUUAAAUUCAUAAAUAGAAGUAACUGUCAAUAGCUAGGGCUUAAUACAUUAUCCUUGUCUCCUAAUAAGGAGCUUAUGUUUAGAUAUAUUUUAUUCCUUAUAGACAGCUUUCCUCCUAUUCUGGUCUUCAUAAACCCAAAGGCAAGUUAAUGGUAUAGAAAGGUUUUCAGCCUUAAAAGGGAAAAGGCUUAUUAUAGAGGGCAGCUUUCUAUUUCUGUAAAAUGAACCUGACAGAUAGUAAAUGCAUAGCAAAAAGAAUUGAUUUUUUGGCCUCAGUUCAUAAAUGUUUAAUGACUUAAGGUAAAAUAAGCAAUUCUGUAUAUACCCUUGUGAACUGAUUUUAUACUUGCCCAAUUGUUUGGUUUUCCAAAUAAAUGUUUGUAAAUAUCUUUUUAAGUAAUAAAAAAAGGGUUUCAGAA